GAGAGAGAGAGAGAGAGAGAGAGAGAGAGAGAGAGAAUGGGUGAUAGAUUUGAGAACACGCUCGAGUUCACUCCGACCUGGGUAAUGGCAGUCAUUUCCGCCGGCUUUGCCUUCAUUUCCUACACCGCGUUUAAUAUUUGUCUGUUUUUUACAACGUUAUUCCGCAGCAGCGGCAAGAAACAACACGACCGAAAGAUUAGCAAACAAGCUACAAAAAAGAUUAGAGACGAGGCGGUGAGCCAGGCUUUUAUUCAAAUUAUAAUGCUUUGUUUUCGAAAAUUCCUUACCGAAAGAUGCAUUCCGCCCGCUAUGUUCGACUACAUGCUUCCUUGUAGUCUCGAGGAUCGCCCCAAUCUCGAAGCAGAAGCCCCCGCCCAUCCUGAGACCACUUUCUGCUCUCGCAAGUUCAUGGUUCCUUUAAUAUCUGUUGAAGCUCUGGAACAGAUCCACUUAUUUGUUUUCUUCCUCCCCGUGGUGAACAUCAUAUUGUCCGCUACAAUCUUUGGUCUUGGACAAUUAAGAAUGCGUCACUUGAAAACAUAUGAUACAGACCCAAGUCUUGGUCGUUAUACAGCGGCUAUGACAAACAACUUGAGAAAUUUCAAAGAUGCACGCGAUGGUCGCCGUUUCCGUUUAAGGGUUUUUUGUAGAUCUAUUUUAGUUUUUGUGACACCAUCAGAUUAUAGGAUAUUAAAAUAUGGUUUCGGUGAGUUGCUUGAUACCGCAUGGGAAAAUUUUGAGCACCAACUGAGACAUGCUCAUGAAGACUUUUUCAUGGAAAUUGCUGGCAUAAGUUUGAAUCUUUGGGUCUUUGCGUUCUUCUACCUGUUGCUAAAUGUCCAUGGUUGGCCUGUAAAUUUCUGGGUUGCUUUAAUUCCUAUUAUUCCUUUAAUUUUGACGGGAGCUAUUCUGAAGCACAUAGUAACCCAACUAGCUCUUGAAAUAUCUGAAGAUCAUGCAAGAAUAAUUAAUGCUGAUCCGCUUAUGCGGUUACCAAAUGCGGAAAUUAUACCAACUAUACCGGACGAAUAUAAGACAUAUUGGUUUAAUUGUCCCCACUUCGUUCUCCCCUUGGUUCACUUUAUCGUUUUCCAAACUUCUAUUGAGAUGGCAUCUUUUUUGUGGAUAGGGCUUACAUAUGGAUUUAAAUCCUGUAUGAUGAAACAACUUUAUUACCUUCUUCUAAAGCUCAUUAUUGGGGUAUUUAAUCUGGGACUGUGUGGCUACAGCACCCUACCACUAUAUACAAUUGUUACACAGAAUCAGAGGAUAUCUAGACAACCUGAAUUUAAUCAGCAGCCGGAAGCCCACGGGGAUCCUAAUCCGAUUAACCUUGAGAAUCGGAGUAGAAUGCGACUUGGAUCAAACCCGGAGCCGGAACUCCAGGUGGAACUUAAUCUGAUUAACCCGCAGCCGGAAGCCCACGGGGAUCCUAUUCAUAUUAACGAGCAGCUGGCACUCAACGUGGAUCCUGACCAGAAUAUUCGACAGGUGGGCCCUGGUGAUCAGUUUAACUAUGGGGCAUUUAAUUUUGUUCGUGAAGAGUACCAUGAAGAAUGAUAUGAUAGAUGUGAUAUGAUAUCUUGGUUGGAGGAAAUUUGGAGUGUUUAUCAUCGCUCUUUCCCAGAUAUUUGUGUGGCUGCUUUGUACCUCCGCUCUUCAGGUUCGUAAUGCAGUGGUUGUGUUGAUUUUGCCUUCAGGUGGUUGCAGUACCAGGGGUUUUGUGUGUUGUUGUUUACUAUUUAGUAGCAGUGCUAUUUUGAAUUUUCUGUCUGCUUUGGUUCUUUUGCCUUGUAUGUUUUUGUGGUUUGGUUGUGUUUCUGGUGUUUGUUUGUAUAUUGCUUGUGCUACUUUGUAUGGGGACAUGCUUUAUUAAUAAAGUUUCUAUUUCAGAAAAA